CGCCGCCGCCGCGGGGGCCGGAGCGGGCCGAGCCGCCGCGCCCGCUCCAUGGAGGCCGCGGCCGAGGCCUCGGGGGGCCCCGCGGUCCUCAGCUGCUUCUCCUACAACCAGGACUGCACCUCCCUGGCAAUUGGAACUACAACUGGAUACAGGCUUUUCUCCUUAAGUUCUGUGGAGCAACUGGACCAGGUCCAUGAAAGCAAUGAAAUCCCAGAUGUUUACAUCGUGGAGCGUCUGUUCUCCAGCAGCCUUGUGGUCGUGGUCAGUCAUGCCAAGCCACAGCAAAUGAAUGUCUACCACUUCAAGAAGGGGACAGAGAUCUGCAACUACAGCUAUUCCAGUAACAUUCUGUCCAUCCGGCUGAACCGUCAGAGGCUGGUUGUAUGUCUGGAGGAGUCAAUUUACAUCCACAACAUUAAGGACAUGAAGCUUUUGAAGACUAUUUUGGACACCCCUCCAAAUACAACAGGCCUGUGUGCUCUCUCCAUCAACCACGCCAACUCCUACUUGGCUUACCCCGGCAGCGCCAGCAGCGGCGAGAUCUCGCUUUACGACGGAAACACUUUGAAAACAGCCUGCACCAUUCCUGCCCACGAUGGACCUCUGGCUGCCCUCACCUUCAACUCCACUGGCUCCAAGCUGGCAAGUGCUUCUGAAAAAGGCACAGUCAUUCGUGUCUUUUCCAUCCCUGGGGGGCAAAAGCUCUAUGAGUUCCGGCGAGGGAUGAAAAGGUAUGUGAACAUCAGCUCCCUGGUGUUCAGCAUGGAUUCCCAGUUCCUCUGUGCUUCCAGCAACACCGAGACUGUGCACGUCUUUAAACUGGAGCAUCUCACUGACAGCCGGCCAGAGGAGCCUCCAACCUGGAGUGGUUACAUGGGGAAGAUGUUCCAGGCUGCUACCAACUACCUCCCAGCUCAGGUGUCGGGCAUGAUGAGCCAGGAUCGAGCCUUUGCCACUGUCCGCCUGAACAUCUCUGGACAAAGGAACAUCUGUGCCCUCUCCACGAUUCAGAAGCUGCCUCGACUGCUGGUGACUACAUCAGAUGGACAUCUCUACAUCUAUAACUUGGACCCACAAGAUGGAGGAGAGUGUGUCUUAAUUAAGAAACACAGUUUGCUUGGCUCAGGAAAGAUGGAGGAGAACAAAGAAAACAACCUUCAGCCUCCUUUACCUCAAUCUUACGCAGCAACUGUAGCCAGACAAAGUACAGUGCCUUCAACUUCAACCAUGCCAGGUUAUUCAGAGGACGGUGGUGCCCUGCGAGGAGAGGUGAUCCCAGAGCACGAGUUUGCAACUGGACCAGUGUGUCUUGAUGACGAGAAUGAGUUUCCUCCUAUAAUCUUGUGCCGUGGAGCUCAGCCGGGCAAAGCGAAGAGGUCAUGAGGAGAAGCCAAACAGCCACGCAUAGGACAGCUGCUGGGAAGUGCUUUGGAAAAACCAGGAGUUGGAAUUUCGAAGAACAGGAUUUGGGAAUCCCCAAGACAAAAGAGAGGGGGAGGGGAAAUGAAUAAUCAAUCAAUCCAUCCAAGGUGGGCCACUGCUUUUUCCUACAGCUUUAAGAGACUCCCUGGCCUGACUCCCCCUCUCGUUUGAGUUGGUGUCUGUGUACUGUAUGCACAUUGCUCUGUUGGAAGAGUUUUUAGGUGGUAGAACCAGAGUGUAAAUGCUAAUUUAAUCAGAUUUGUAUGUACCCAGAAUUUUAUAUACCCCCAAGCUGUCCCUUUUCUAAUUUAAUGCUGGUUUCUGUGUAUAAAUGUACUUCUAGGAAGAGAGAUUCACAGCUGAGGUCUUUGUACAGUCCAUACAGCCCUGCUCUUUCACCCCAGUGAGACUAGAGGAGAUGCCAUUUGCUGUGUUUCAAAGGCAGAAUAAAAGUCACACAGUCUGUCCCUGGCA